CGCCCCUUUUUGCGGUCCCCGCUCCGGCUCGGUGCCCCGAUGCACCUUCUCCAGGCGCUGUCCAGUCGGAUGUUGGUGCUGGUGCUGAGCGGAAUCCUGGGCAGCUGCUCCGGCACUCGGGUUUUGAGCGGUCAGACUGUGUGCUAUGGCGGAUCAGAGUACCCCUGCUACAAGAUCGCCUACUUUCAGGACCUGAGCAGGCGCAUUGGCUUCGAGGAGGCGAGUCAGGCCUGUGAGAUGGACGGCGGUACCCUGGUCAGCAUCCGCUCAGCCGCCGAGCAAAGGCUGAUCGAGAGCCUCCUGCAGGACCUCACCAAAUCGGGCUCUGGGCUCUCGGAUGGAGAUUUCUGGAUUGGAUUGAGGAGGAGCGGCGAGGGACAGUCGCACAACACGUUCAGUGGCUGCCCCGCCCUCUACAGGUGGACCGAUGGAAGUGCAGCAAAGUUCAGGAACUGGUAUACAGACGAGCCUUCCUGUGGUAGUGAGGCAUGUGUGGUGAUGUACCACCAGCUGACAGCUCAGCCUGGGCUUGGUGGCCGCUACCUGUACCAGUGGAAUGAUGACAGGUGUAACAUGAAGCACAACUUCAUCUGCAAGUACGCAUCAGGCGGCUUCUUGAGUAAUGAAUCCAAGGAUCGUGUGGAGCCAGAUUAUGUUUCAGAAAACGUGUCCACGGGGCCGGAAGUCAUGGUUCACCCACCCAGUAAUUCCGCUGAUGACCAACACCACAUGGUCGUGACAGAAUCAUCAGGGAUAAUGCCCAACGUGGUGUACGUCAUCAUUCCCACAAUUCCACUGCUGUUGUUGCUGGUGGUUGCCCUGGCAACCUGCUGUAUCCAGAUGCUGAGCAGAAGUAAAGACCGAUCGAAGAGCAGCCCAAACGAAUCGACUCUCUGGAUAUCCCCAGCUCCAAAGAAGGAGGACCUGGCUAACGUUUAGUGACCCGCAGGCCGGACUUAACCUGGGGAAAAGAGACAAGCAGCGACCUUAGCAACAUAUACCCAAUCCCAACCACCCGAGAAGCUGAUUGCAGACCUCUCAGAGAAUGUGUGCGAUGGCAAGAGAGGUUUGAGAAAAGGACCGAGGAACAUUUCAACCAGCCCAUCAAAAGAAACAGGAAGCCAAAACCCCCUUCCUCUUCUCAAUUUUUCUUUUCAUUGCCGUGUUAAGAAUGGAAUAAAGGAUGGAAGAGAUGUGGUCGCUGUGGGGAGUGACAGUGGGGCCAAUGAGCGCUGCUAGCACGCAGCUUUUGGACAAAUUGCAAGAGGCAGAAUAAAACAAAAGACAGGCCUGAGUUCUAGACUGAAGGUCUUGGCAGAGAAUGGACUGCUGAGGGGGGUUUGAAAACUUUUUUGAGUGGGGGUGGGGAUUGGAAUGGGGCAGUAAACAUGUUCCAGUUUAGCAGCAGCGAAUGGCUUUAAAGCAGUGAAGCAUUAUCAUUACUUCAACGCCAAACUCCUGGUGAAGAAGCCACAGUCAAUUACCCCGGACACUAGCGAUAACCGUGACUAACAUAAAGUGGAAUGAGAAAGUCCAAUUCUCCUUUUCUACAGAUUAAGAUAAGCAAAACCGGGCCUAAUUUUUUUUCCUCUCCACUUGACCAGGAUGAGUAUUUCAGUUUUUGGCAUGUUUAUUGCUUCUUGUUUGUUAAAAAUUGUUCGCUUUGUGCUGGGAAGAGGGGGAAAAAGGUGAAAUA